AUGGAAAUCGCCAACACGGCAAUGGCAAAAUUUUCAGCCUCGCGCGUCGACCUCGAAGAAUUUGAAGGGGGCGACUCUCUUCAAAAAUACUCAACUGAAAAGAAGCCUCAAAAUGCAUUCGGUCAACAGAACAUCCCUACGUCUUUGCCUCAGCCGUCAGCUGCUCGAGAUAAGAGGCCGAUUCGACAGAGACUACGGGAGUGGACUGCUAACAAUGAUCCUGAGAGAGAGAUAACUCACAUUAUGCCAGAUGUUUCAUUCUGGUCACAUGUAACCAACAGCGUCACUCGUCCUCAAUCUACUGGAUCCUCAGAGUUGGACAACUUCAAGGCGGAAUCAGUAGGCAUGGUUGAUGGUAUCGAGACCAUCACUGAUGAUGAUGCAGAAGUUUCCCCUGUUGGGCAGAAGAGCCAGUCACCUGGCGAUCUUGUUGAAAUGAAACAGCCUGGCUCAAGAACACCUCUAUUCGGCAUAUACCUGGGUCAAUUCGGCAAUAGGCACCACUUCUAUACAAACUCAGGCCGCUGGGUUAUCAGUCUGGGCUUCUCUGCCAUCUUCUCUGUCUCCAACUUCGUCUCCGCAAAAGAGCUGAAACCCAUCCUUGAAUUAAUACCUGCGAAUGCCACUGCUGAUCAGUAUGAAGAGUGGCGCGACCAAGAAAAGGGUCCUGGUCGAGACAUCGGUGCCCAUUUGAUCACCAAGAUGAAGAAGUUCAUCUGGGAAGCAGAUAAGGCCUACCAGGCCAGUCUCAACAAUCUAGACAGAGCUAGGUCUUUGGUAUCGGACGGGAAGACCACCAAAUAUCUCAGCUUGUUUGAGUUGGCAGACUUGUUGCUGCCCGCAUCUCUCAAAAAGGAUGGAAUAUUUCCUCCUCCUGUGCUAUACGCUGUUCACACUGCUCUCUUGCGGAACGACUUUGUCUUCCGACCAGUGAGCCCCUCUGCCGACAUUCAUCGAAGAGACCACCUCUUCGAGAUCUUCCCCUACCAAGACUUCAUGAUGAUCAAUCGUGUAACUCUUAUGAUCCGGGAGUACGUUCACUUCCUAGGAAAGACGGGGGGCAAGAUGUCGCAAGAAGACCUGGCACAGACGCCUCUUGGCGCAUUCAUCCUGAAAGCACGAGAGAUUGUUCUUGCCAAUCGAGAGAAACGCUCGUGGACGCCCCAUGGUAUCCUCGCCCCUACAUCAGGAGUGACCAUCAAGACAUCAGACUGGUCCAGGAAGCAUGCUGAGUUCAUUCGCUUUCUGGAAUGGUGGGCUAGCUACCAUCUCUUCGAGGACUCUUCUCACUUUCACGCAGAUGGCUCUCUUCUGCUACGAGCACUAGAUCUAUAUGAGGAUACCAGACUAGAUCAGGCUUGCGCCUGGACAUUCCUGCAGGAGCUGGGCAUAAUCCCUCCAUGGGAGAUCCCUUCACGAUACAAGGUCCGUUUCCCUGAAGUCAAGAUACAGAGCGGAGGUGGUCUCAUUCGAGAACCCAUCACCAGUCUCGAGGAUUCAAUUCGGCCAGACAUCGCAGAGGGUGCCAGGAGAGACUGGGCCGAUGACACUAUUUUCUGCAUUGAUGCCCCUGAGACUAUGCUUAUCGAUGAUGGCAUCUCUCUGGAACGCACAGAGAAGCCUGACGAAUUCUGGAUCCAUAUACAUGCAGCCGACCCAGCGUCAGGAAUCAAACCAAACUCUGAGUUGGGUCGGUUCUUGGAACUUAUCCCCCAGAACAUCUAUCUUCCUGGUCACUUCCAAGCUAUGCUUCCCCGUCAAGCUGAGCUGGAUAACUCCGGAGACUACAAGUCAGAGAGCUUGGCCGAUCAAUAUUCUCUUGCCCAAGGCAGACCCACUCUCACUUUCAGUGCCAAGAUCAACGAGAACGGAGAUUUGCUCGAUUAUAAGAUCGAGCCAGGUACUGUGCAAAUUGUCAAAUACUUGGACCCAGAGGAUGUCAGCAAGUUUUGCAAAGAACCUCCAUAUCCUGUCAAGUCGGAUCAGACUCUUGUUGUUGGUCAGCUACCUGACAAGCCAGGCACUCCACCAAACCGUCCCAUAAUAUCAACUAAGGAUUUGGAUGAUAAGAGCAAGGAAGAUCUUCUAACACUGCAUCGUCUUUCUGGAGCUAUCAGAAAGAGAAAUCUCAAAAAGGGAGCAUGGCCGAUCUUCUUAGGAGACACUUCCGUUACUGUCAAGAUUGAUGAUGUGCCCCUGGAGCAAGAGGAAGGCACCAAGGUCCUACCAGCUGAUCCCUACAUCAAGGUUGGCUACGUCGACUCCAAUGGCGCCUCCGUAGUGACCAACACAAUGGUACUUGCUGGUGAGAUUGCUGCUCGAUGGUGCUACGAUCGCAAGAUCCAUAUCCCUUACCGCCGGGACGUGGAUUCAGCGAAGAACAUGCCUAAACUCCUCGAUUACACCACCAAGGAGAUUUAUCCUCUAUUGUACAAGGGCAUUUCACCAUCGAUGGCGCAGCGUCAGGAAAUAUCACGUUUGACUGGCGGUGUUGAACUGUCUACAGAGCCUGGCCCAUUCUUCAUGCUCGGUCUGGACAUGUACGCCAAAUCAACUUCUCCUCUUCGCCGCUUCUCCGACCUCAUCGUCCACUGGCAAAUCCACGCGGCAUUGGCACAUGAGCGCAACAUGAAGCGCAGUAUAGAUUCUGAAGCUGAUGACUUGAAUGAGAUCCUGCCCUUCACUAAAGAGACACUCCCCAAUACACUUUCCCUGCUGCGUAUGAGGGAGAAAAUGGCCCGCACUAUAUCUCGCGGUACCAAUGAAUGGGUACUGAUGGCGCUUGUGCGUGCUUGGAAAUUUGAGAAAACGCUGCCGAAGCAGCUGGGUUUCACCGUUGUUGCCCGUUGGAAGCAGGGCGUGUCUGGCCGGUUAGACAUGUUCGACCUAUCGGCCAACCUCACCAUUGAGGGCAUCGACGGUCUCGUGCUCGUCAAAGACAUCAGAGUGGGGGAUAAGUUCGAUGUUGAGCUGACCGAUGUCAAUGUUCACUCUCGGCAUAUCUUCGUCAAGGCACUCAAGCACCAUCCCAAUCCUAAUAGCCAGACCGAACUAGAGGGUACUAGCCAGCCGGCACUCUCCCCGGAUUCCCCGGACCCAACCCCGGCCUCGUGA